CGUUGUUGAAGUAAACACUAAACGUCUUUGUGUUGGAAUACGUGAUGUUCUGGGUCCGAGCGCUUUUUAAACCCCGUCUCGAGUUCUCCCGAAGCGGAUGGGUCGCGCCCGCGUCGGAUUAAGAGCGCGGCCUGUCGUCGCGCUUCAUCAUUAACUGGCCCGAGCAGGCGAUGUUCCUCUCCGCUGGUCUCCGUUGUUCCCCGGAGCUCUGCCAGCAUUUUCACACACACUGAUUCAAUCAAACCUUCUGGAAGAGCGCGUUUCUCCGUUUGGCCAGCCCCUUUUUGUUUUCUGUUUUUUUUUUGCGGCGGAAUGUUUAGCGUCAGCGAUCUGUUUUCUCUCCGUUCGUCUCCGUGCUUGAUGAGCGUCGACAUGAAGGAAACAAGACUGCAGUCUUCUCUGAUCGUAAUAGUAGCUCUGUUGUGGUGCGCGUCAUCGUCGUCGUCAUCGUCGUCAUGGUCCUCUGAAGCCAGUCAGAAAAAUGAAUAAGUCCCGCACACUUUGAGCUGAUGCGGAGAAGCGGAGAACGUCUCCAGCGUCGACCUGGUCGGGGAAGGACCAGGCUUAACCUGCAGUAGGUGCGGAGCGCCGAUCUCUAGCGCGUGGUUGGUGUCGCCCGUCAGGACUCGAUUCCGAGGAAUGGGCAGCGUGCGUAGAGCAGCCACGCCCACUUCCUGCACGUAGAGGAAGUCUCGUCGUCAGCAUGUCCUCUCAUCCGCAGCCGGUGCCUCAGAGCCGGAGAGCCGUGGAAGCCCGACACCUGCCGAGCGCAGCCGGCCUUCCUCUGCAGAUCGCCCGCACUCACACGGAUGUCGGUAUAGUGGACUACCACGCUCGGGACUUCGGUUCCCAUCUCUCCCAUGGAACUCUGUCCCAGUCUCAUCGCCGCAGACCGUCCCUGCUGUCGGAGUUUCAACCUGGGAAUGAGAGAGGCGCGGAGUCCCACAUCCGCUACGAUCACAUGUAUCUGCCCGACGCCAACAGCCAAUCGGAGGUGGAGUACGGCGAGAUAAAGCGGCCUCGCCUGGAGAUGGGGGCGGAGCCUCUAAUGCGCCAUCUGCCUCAGCGCCUGCCCCUGCCUCUGACCGGAGCCGAGGACGUCGUGAAGGAGCGUAGCGGCAGCAGCUCGAUGGGGAAGAUCGAGCCCAUCUCUCCGGUGAGUCCGGCGGUGAUGGAGGCCGACCUGGAGCUGGUGCCCACGCGCUUCUCUAAGGAGGAGCUGAUCCAGAACAUGGACCGCGUGGACCGAGAGAUCACCAUGGUGGAGCAGCAGAUCUCCAAGCUGAGGAAGAAACAGCAACAGCUGGAGGAAGAGGCGGCGAAGCCCCAAGAGCCGGAGCGCAGUAUUUCUCCCCCACCCAGCGAAGCCAAGCACCGCAGCCUUGUACAGAUCAUCUACGAUGAGAACCGGAAAAAAGCAGAGGAGGCUCAUCGUAUCCUAGAGGGACUGGGACCCCGAGUGGAACUGCCGCUGUAUAACCAGCCGUCUGAUACCAAGCAGUACCACGAGAACAUUAAAAUAAAUCAGGUGAUGAGGAAGAAGCUCAUUCUCUACUUCAAGAGGCGAAACCACGCCCGCAAGCAGUGGGAGCAGAAGUUUUGUCAGCGCUAUGACCAGUUGAUGGAGGCUUGGGAGAAGAAGGUGGAGCGCAUAGAGAACAACCCUCGGCGCAGGGCCAAAGAGAGCAAAGUGCGCGAGUACUACGAGAAGCAGUUCCCCGAGAUCCGCAAACAGCGAGAGAUGCAGGAGCGCAUGCAGAACAGGGUGGGUCAGCGUGGUAGCCUGGCGUCUGCAGCACGCAGUGAACACGAAGUGUCUGAGAUCAUAGACGGCAUUUCCGAACAAGAGAUUCUACAAGGCGUAUGUAAACUUAUGAGCUCAACGAACUCGGAGAAACAGAUGCGUCAGCUGGCCGUCAUCCCGCCGAUGCUGUUUGACGCCGAGCAGCAGAGGAUAAAGUUCAUUAAUAUGAACGGUCUGAUGGGCGACCCCAUGAAGAUCUAUAAAGACAGACAGGUGAUGAACAUGUGGAGCGACCAGGAGAAAGACACCUUCCGAGAGAAAUUUAUCCAGCACCCUAAGAACUUUGGCCUGAUAGCCUCCUUUCUGGAGAGAAAGACCGUGGCGGAGUGCGUCCUCUUCUACUAUCUGACCAAGAAGAACGAGAACUACAAGAACAUCGUCCGCAGGAACAACCGCCGCCGGGGCCGCAGCCAGAAUAACCAGCAGCAGCAGCAGCAGCAGCAGCAACAGCAGCAGCAGCAGCAACAGCAGCAGCAACAGCAACAACUGCAGCAGCAACAGCAGCAGCAGCAGCAACAAGUGAACCGCAACAACCAGGAGGAGAAAGAGGACAAGGAGGCGGAGAAGGAGGGAGAGCGAGACGAGGACAAGAACGACGCAGAUGACAAGGAGGAUGGGAUGAAAGAUGACACGUCAGGAGAGGACGGCGAAGAUAAAGAUCCUCCCGUAGCCGUGAAAGGGCGUCGUACGGCCAACAGCCGCGGCCACCGAAAAGGCAGGAUCACUCGCUCCAUGGCCAACGAGCAGGACGAAAGCAGCUCUCCCCCUCUCAGCGGCGAACUGGCAAACCUGGAGAUGAAUGAAAGCUCUCGCUGGACCGAAGAGGAGAUGGAGACGGCCAAGAAAGGACUUCUCCAAUAUGGCCGCAACUGGUCGUCCAUCGCCAAGCUGGUGGGCUCCAAGACCGUCUCGCAGUGCAAGAACUUCUACUUCAACUACAAAAAGAGGCAGAAACUGGACGAGAUCCUGCAGCAGCAUAAAAUGAAAUCGGAGCAGGAGCGUAAGGCCAGGCGUAAAGGUAAAGCGCUGCAGAACGAGGAGACCAGCGCUCCCUCUGCUGCCGAUGAAGAGGAGAUGGAGGGAUCCGGGGGCAGCGGCAACGAGGAGGAAGCUCAGGAGGACGGAGAGGGAGGCCCUAACCAGAGCUCGGAUACGGAGAGCCUCCCGUCCCCGCACUCCUCGGAGAGCAGCAAGGCCAAAGAUUCGGGCUCGGACCGCUUCAAGUCCGCGCCUACCACCACGUCUGCGUCGGGAUCCUCCUCCGACAAAGAUACGCCGGAGGAGGAGAAGCCGCAAGUCAAGUGCGAGCAGGGAUCCGUGAAGCAGGAAGAGCGGCCCGAGGGAACCGACGGGGCGAAGGAGGUGCAAGGGGAGGUGGAGGAUAAGAAGCCCCCCACUCUGGAGGUGGAAGAAUUGAAGAGAGAAGGAAGGAAAAGGGAGCGGGAGCACGGAGGGCGAGACAGCGACUCCAGCGCUACGUGCAGCGCCGACGAGGUGGAGGAGACGGACAACGCGGAGAAGAACAGAAUCACAUCUCCGAGGCCGAGUCUGCUGAGUUAUGCCCACGACGGAGUGAUCUCAACUGCACUGCAGAAACCACUGGACCUCAAACAGCUCAAACAGAGAGCUGCUGCUAUACCUCCCAUAAUGCCGGACAUCUCUUUAGCCGGUGGCGGCGUGCUGGGGAAGCAGCAGGUGAUGCCCGACGCUCAGGCGCUCUACGAACAGCAGAUCAUCAUGGCACACGAGUCCUCCCAAGGAGCCAAGCAGCAGCUCGCGCAGCCGAUCAAAUCGCAGCAUUACCCCGGCGUCAUGGCCGAGGCCGGCAGCCCUCGGAUGCGAGCCAGAACGCCCACGCCCUCGGAGAGAGAGAAAGAAGAACUGGAGGGGGGGAUGGAAAGAUGGCUACACAGUCUGCUUCACGGAUUACAUAAACCCCGGGCGUUCUCUCCUCUUGCUGACAUGAAGAAAGAUCCGGGCCCGGACCACAUCAGAGCCAUGGGUCUCGGUCGUCCUGUGAUGUCACCGUACCAGCUUUCUCCCAGAGACAUGGCCAAGCUGAGCCACGAACAACUCCUGCACUACAACCCCUCUCUUCCUCAGCAGGAGAGGCUGGCUGGUGUGCGGCCGCUGCACAUCCCCGAUCCUCCUCCCCUCAUUUCCUCGGCCAAACCAGGCGGCUCCAUCACACAGGGAACUCCAGUGCAGAUGCACAGCCCCGCCCACGGCUCAGAGCACGCCAAGAUGACUGCCGGAGCCCUGCCGCUAUCCUGGAUGGAGCAGCGGAAACUCGCCGGGUUCCCCGUGGUUAAACAAGAGCAGCUGUCUCCACGUGGCCUCUCCUCCUCUCAGGCCGAGAAUCUGUCCACGCACGGCAUCGCUCACGAGAGCCUCGCUGCCCGCGGGCCCAUGCCAGCUGUACAGGGAGGAAGCAUCACAAAGGGCCUUCCUGGCACGCGUGUCCACCAAGAAUCCUCCAUAACAUACCGCGGUGGUUCUAUCACUCAGGGCACCCCGGCAGACGUGCUGUAUAAGGGUACCAUUACUCGUCUUAUCGCUGAGGACAGUCCUAGCAGGGACAGAUCCCGAGACGAAAACCAAGCCAAGGGACACGUUCUGUACGAGGGCAUCAGCGGACACAUCCUCUCCUACGACCGCGCUCCGAACCCGAAGGACGAAGGCAGGGGAGAAGUGCUGGGACUGAAACGCCCAUAUGAGGUCAUGGAAGGGGGCGGAAUCUCUCGAGUGCUGCCGUUACGGGACUCCCUGUCCUCCGCCGAGGGUUUGAUGGGUAGAGCAAUGCCUCAGGAGAGAGAGAGUCCUCGUCCUCAUCAUAUCCGCGGCUCUAUCUCGCAGGGUAUCCCACGUCACGUAGAGUCGCAGGAAGAGUAUUCGCGCCGAGAGCCGAAGCAGCUGAAGCGCGAGAGCUCUCCGUCUCCCCGCGGCCCCGACACUAACAAGGGCCGCCCCCACGACGGCGUAGUGCCCACGGUUAAAGAGGGCGGGCGCUCCAUCCACCUCAUCCCGCCGGAGGGUGUGCUGAUGAGCAAAGCACCUAAAGAGGGCUCCAUCACGCAGGGCACGCCUCUGAAAAUGGAGCCUGCAGGAUCGUCUAAACGGCACGACGUGCGCUCCAUCAUAUCCAGCUCCCCGCGGCCGUACUCGGGUCUCCCACCUCAUUUAGAGAGGGGCCACUACGACGAGCCGGGCCCUAAGUCUCGGCCAAGCGCCGUGGUCAGCACCUCGAGCUCCCUGGUGCUGGGGGCAGAACAGGCAGGCAAAAGCCACCACAGCCCGGUGGGCUACGACGAGCACAAGAGAGCGGGGUACGCGGCGUCUUCACACAGAGGAUCCCCGCUGACCAGCAGGGACACGCCGCAGCGGCCACACGAAGGCUCUGCGAAGGUUCCUCAGCAGGAGCGGAAGUCCACUCCUACUCCUCGGGAAAUGAGAGCCACCAAGUCUCCGCUGCCUGUAGUGGGGGAUCACGCUGCCUCACUGGCCUCCUACGAGAGGCUGCUGCAGGGUCUGGGAGCCGAUAUGUACCGAGGGCAGAUCCCGCUACCGUUCGACCCUGCUGCCCUGCCCCGGGGCAUCCCUAUAGAUCCAGCUGCUUAUUACCUGCCUCGACACCUGGCUCCCGCCCCUGGUUACCCCCACCCCUAUCCCCAUUAUCUAAUCCGGGGCUUCCCGGACACGGCGGCCCUCGAGAACAGACACACGCUCUUCACCGAUUACAUCACCUCACAGCAGAUGCACCAGUGGCCUGCAGCAGCUAUGACACAGAGAUCAGACCUACUGAGAGCGCCUCGAGACUCGCCGCUCCCUUUAUCCUACUCGCCUUCGACACGAGGAGCGUCUGCGUCACAAAUGGAUCGCAUCAACUACCACCCCGGAACGCCGACCACUUUCCCCAGCCGAGUGUACACCACCUCGCCGAUCUCACCAGUCGGAAGCUCGCACAUAGGCAAGCUCCAGGGCACGCCGACGGAGCGCGAGAGAGAGCGCGAAAGAGAGCGCGAGAGAGACCGGGAGAGGGAGCGCGACCGAGAAAGAGACCGAGAGAGGGAGCGGGAGAGAGAAAGAGAACGAGAGCGGGAUAGAGAGAGGGAGAGGGAGCGAGAGCGGGAGAGAGAGCGGGAUCGAGACCGAGAGAGGGAGAAGUCUCUCGGCCACGGCAACGUGGAGCACGCCCCCAUCUGGAGACCUGGAGCAGCAGAGCAGACCGGGAGCAGCAGCAGCUCUAGCUCGCGUCCUCCUUCCCUGCCUUACAGCCACCAGGCGUCCCCGAUGAGCCCUCGGCCCCAGGAGAGCCUCCAGCACAGACCCACCGUCCUGCACAACACCAGCUCGAAAACCCUGCAGAGUUCAGAGCACAGCAGCCCGUCUGUACUGAGGUCCGUGCCACAGAGUUCUUCACGUUACCCAAACUACAGCGGGCACCUCCAGAGAGUCAGCGAGGCCUACCCGGACUCGAGCGCGGUCAAAGAGCUGAGCCGGGAGCCUAGCAAGUCCCAGAGUCGCGGAGUUCCGCCCAAGUCCGAGUCCGCCAAGAUGUCCAGCCCGAGCGGGGGCGGCGUUUACUCCUCGGCCUUCGCCCAGGCACCCGGCGGCCACAUGGGGCUCGCGGCAGGCCGGGGUCUUCCCGUAACGGCUACCGAGAGCGGCAUCGUGAACAGGGACAAGACUCAGAACAAGGACCACGAGCUCCGUGCGCUCGCUCAGCAGAAGGCUCUGGAGCACAGUGUGUUUUUUAUUCCAGAGGAGAGACUGUCUCCCAGCCAGCAGCCCCCGUCCCCGGCUGUUAAAAGCUCCCAGAGAGUGGUGACCCUCGCCCAGCACAUCAGCGAGGUGAUUAAGAAAGAUUACAUGCGUCAAUCACAGCAGGUCCAGGCAGGAGGCCAGCCUGUGUUCGGCUACCACAGCUCACCUGUGCUGGACCUCACUCGACCCCCGAGCGCCCCCCAGACGCCCUCGGAGCCGAGCGUCAGCAGCCGCUUUACCCCCGAGGGCUCUGUCGGCGACAGGCUGAGAGACAGGUCUCCCCCGCAGAGCAAAGUGUCCCCAGUGAGUCUGUCCGCUGAGUGCAUCGAGCCGGUCUCUCCACCAGGGGGCGUGUCCGAGCCGGAAUCCCAGGCGGCGGCGUGUCCCAGCGAACAAGCAGAACAAGGGAUGGGAUCUCGCUCCCCCUCCAGCAGUUCCCAGCCGCCUGCGUUCUUCAGCAAACUCACCGAGAACAACUCCGCCAUCGUCAAGAGCAAGAAGGAGAUGAUCAAGAAGAUGGUCGUGGGCAACGACAAUGACUUCAACUCGGGACAGCCCGGGACAGAGAUCUUCAACAUGCCUGCCUCCGCUACUGGAGGGUCGGUGAGCAUGCGUAGCCAGCCUCCUCCAGACUCCAGCGGGAACACCAUCGGCCUGGAGGCCAUCAUCCGCAAAGCUCUGAUGGGAAAAUACGACGAGCAGGCGGACGAGCGCUCGGCCUCCAACUCCGGACCCCCUGCUGCUGCUGAUCCACGCACUGAAGAGCCUUACUCACUGCCUGGUAAAUCAAAGAGCAGCGGGCGCUCCAACGGCCGCAAGACAAAGUCUCCCGGUCCCGGACUGUCGGGAGGAGAGAGACCGUCCUCCGUGUCCUCCGUCCACUCUGAGGGAGACUGCAACCGCCGCACGCCUCUCACCAACCGAGUGUGGGAGGACAGACCGUCGUCCGCAGGCUCCACCCCGUACCCCUGUAACCCCUUCACGAUGAUGCGUUUACCCGGCUCGGUGAUGUCCGGGCCCUCCCCGUCGCCCACCCAGCCCGCUGCAGGACCUCCACAGCCUCAGAGCCGCACCUGGGAAGAGGAACCCAAACCGCUGCUCUGCUCUCAGUACGAGACGCUGUCCGACAGCGAGUGAACGCACGCACACACACACACACACACACACGCGCAUAUCUCCUCUAUUCGCUCCUUGAGACAUUAAACAGAGAUGUGGAUGGAUACACACACACACAUGGUGAAACACACUAGAGAGCACAUACACAUUCAGACUAAUACGCUUAUUCUCAUAUUACUAAUGCACUUCUCUCAAGUACCACACACACACACACACACACACACACACACACUCGCACUCGGAUGUACCCUAGUGAACAUGGCUGCUGCAGAAGAGUACUCGUAAGCGUGUACACACUUGCACACCGACAUUAGCGUGUGCCGUCACUCCAAGACCGCUCAUAUUACAUCGACAAAUCACUCACUCUCUCCACGGUACCUCUCAGGAUCCUCACAUUCUCGCCUCUUGCUCACACACACACACACACACACACACACACACAAGACUUACAGCUAUGCAUUGCUGUUUUAAACCGGUAAUUUGGCCCAAAAUGGAACGAACGCGUCCGCUUAGCUUGUUGACGCCUUUCAUUUCGUAGUUAAACAGUAAGGCUAGCUUGGCUAACAGCUCCGCCUUUAAACCUUAGGCCACACCUCUUUUCCGAGUCUGAUCCUUUGCUACGUCCUGACUGUUAGCUUUUGUUUCUGUUUUUUAAAAAAAAAAAUUUUUAAAUAGAUAAAACACAUCCAUGUGUCGAACCACUCCACAAAACCACACAGCUGGUCGAGAUACGGUGUUUGAGUGACGCUAAUCUGGUAGACGUGCGCUUGCUUUAUUUGUUCGCUACGUCGAAUAAAAGCGAACAAAUCUUGGCCGUGGCGUCGCGCAUUGCUUUUACAGACACUCUGAUUCACCACUUGAGCUUCUGAGGCACAUUUUGAGGUACACAGGACCGUGUGUGUGUGUGUGUGUGUGUGUGUGUGUGUGUGUGUGUACACUGAUGAAUCAGAUGAAUGAGCCAGUUCCAGUUCUGUUCUGAGAUACGUAUAUUCAGUCCAGUUGAAGAGAAAUGCUCACGAAAGUGUGUGUGUGUGUGUGUGUGUGUGUCACUCUUUUCCAUGGGUGUUAGUUUACAAGGUACAUAAUACAUUUUAUUUUUAAUGUCACUGAUAAAGUUUCUUUUUUUGUUACACAACAGUUUCUCUACUCAAAUUUUUUUUUCUUGUCAUGGAAGCUGAAAAGUAGUGUUGUUGUUGUUGUUGUUUUCGUGUGUGUGUGUAUGUAUCACUAAUUUGUUUGCAUUCUCUUUUAAUGAAGCACUUGGCCAGCAGACAGUUCUUGUUUGUCCUGUCACGGACGCUGAUUAUUCGUUUAAGGUUUUUUUUUUUUGUUUGUUUUUUUUUAAAAAUUGUUUUUGUUUUGUUUCUUUAUACAGUAUUGUUGUUGUGUGUGUGUUUUUUUUUUUUUUUUUUUUUUAAUGUUUCUCACCAAUACACCUUUUGUAAAAAAUUAAAUAAUAAAUAAAUAAAUAAAUAAAUAGAUAAAACGUCCGACGCUCCAGCGACAAUCAGAGAGGAAAUAGUGUCGAGCUGAGCAUACAGACGCCACGCUGCUUUUUCAGGUCCCCACGAAGUCCACACACACACACACACACGCCGGUUGAAGAGACUGCGCCAAAUCAAAGCCAUGUACAUCGAAGACUGCUCUGUCGUCGCUUUUUAAAAAAAUGGACGAUCGAUAUAUUCGAAGACGCUCAUAUGGGGUUGUUGUUUUUUUGUUUUUUUCUUCUUCUUCUUUUCUGUGCGCGUGUUUUUUGUUGUUGUUGUUAUUGUUGUUGUCGUUUCCUCUCUGAGGAAGGGGACCUCCGCCCACAGCGAGUGGACUUCUCAGCUCACUGGGACUCCAAACCCAACACCUCAUGUGUAUAAACGUGUAUCCCUUUGUUGUGUACAAAAAAACAAAACGAAAAGGAUUCUGGUGUUAAGUGCCAUUUAUUUGAGACGUACAGGUCCUGAAGUUAAAACUACCAAGUGACUACGCACAACUUUCCUUCUCUCUCUCUCUCUCUCUCUCUCUCUCUCUCUCUCUCUCUCUCUCUCUCUCUCUCUCUCUCUCUCUCUCUCUCUCUCUCUCGGUUUUUCUUUUUUUCUUUCAAGGCUUAAAAGACGAACACACCUGGUGUGUCCCGGUCCCCUCUCUCUCUCUCUCUCUCUCUCUCUCACUCACACACACACACACACACACACACACACACACACACACACACACACACGUGCACACUGCUGAGAGCGGUGGAUUUCAUGUCCUCACACUAACACGUCUCCGAAACGCGACGCUGAUAUCCGUGAUGCUAUAAAUACUAUACAAUUACUUUGCAUGUGCUUUAAAUAUACGUCAAAUUUUAUUGUUUGCUACGUUUUUUUUUUUGUUUUGUUUUUUUUGUCCCCCCCCCCCUAAAUAAAUAAAUCCAUCCCUCUUUAACGUUGAUAUAUAAGAAAUAAAGACUUUUAUGAUUCUAUUCCACAGGUUUACCUCAGUGGGAGUUUUUUUUUUUUUUUUUAAAGGGAUGUUAGUGGCGUGUUGAAGCGAUCAUUUCUGUGUAUAUUACAUCGUGUGUUUAUUUCGUGUAAACGGAACUUCGUCACGUUCUCUAGAUAUUGUUUUCGGGCACUACGAUGUUGUUUGUUCAACUCGGAGCGAAUGAUGGCGGUGGGGGAUUGUUUAAAAAAAAAAAAACCCUUAUUUUUGUGGGGGUAAACGUCAAAGAGCAUCACAUAAGAAGGCAAUCGUUUAAUUAAGGGUUCAUUUUUUUUUCUUCUUUCUUUCUUCCUAUACAGAUAUUAAUCCGCAUUUUCCAGACGACGCAUUUUACGCUCCCGACGUUACCGCUCGUUUUAGAAGAGACGUGAAAACAAAAAUAGUUUAAAAAAAUAUAUUUAAAAAAAAAUUCACAGCGAACGUGCAGCGUUCUUUCUAGAACAACAAAUUGGGGGGGGGGGGGGGCGAAGCAGAUCCCGUUCACAGCUUUAGGGUGGGGAUGAACGCGAGGGGUCGGCUGCCGUUCCGUUUUGUACAACCGUAUCGUCCGCUCUUCUUUCUUCUCUCUUCCUUCCUCUUCUCUUCUUCUCUUUUAAACAUAAUUCCAACCCACUGUAUUAUAGUGUGGAGUGUAAAUAGGCCUAAAAACAAAAAAAAAAACAAGGGUGUACAUAUUUAUGUGAUUUGCUGCGAGGUGGAUAUUCACAGAGAAACUGUUAUUCACACUGUUGAACAUCAACAUGGCCACCAGCAAGCUUUGUGGAUAAGCAGUGUACAAGAAUUAAACGGGGUUUCAAACAAACAAACAAACAAACAAAAAAAAAUCAGACACUGCCUUAAUGUUUAAAUAAAAAGCUUAUUGCCAUCGA